CCUACUCGUGCGCCAUUCGCAGCCGUGGCUGUAAAUCACCGGGUCCCGCCCGGUGAUUCCCCGCUGGUGCCCAGUGAUUACCUCCGACGGGGAGGAGGACUGCUUUGUUUACUAACAGUCCUCCUCUCUGUGGGCUCGGGCACACUACUCUGGAUGGCUAGCAGUGUGCUUACAGUGAAGCACCAACACACCACCCCCCAGUAAAACAAUCCCAGCACACAUUUAACCCUUUGAUUGCCCCUCAUGUUAACCCCUUCCUGCCCAGUAUCAUUAGUACAGUGUCAGUGCUUUUUUAGCACUGACCACUUUAUUGGUGUCACUGGGGAUGUCAGUGACACCAAGUCAGUUCCCCCCAGUGUCAGAAUGCCCGCCGCAGUCCCGCUAUAAGUCACUG